AUGGACGAUAGCUUUGAUGAUCUUUUCGGUGACGACGCUGCUCCAUUGCAGGUGCCAAUCCCCAUCUCGCAAGCGCUAGUUGUACGCUUGAGUGAACUUUGCGAGACUGGAUGCUGCCAGAAAGCGGCAUGGUCAAAGUCUGGCGUGAUCGCCUAUAUCCCCGCGGGUGGACAGGGCAUAAUACUACAGCACCUUCUCUGUGAUCCUCGCAACGGUCAAUGGGGAUUAAGUAAGCAGUAUCCUUUGAGCGACGCCGCUAUCACCCAGAGCGCUGUCGAGAUUGUCCAUCUCUCGUGGGAAGGCUCCCGCGAAUUUCUGGCAGUCAUCGAUGCACGGGGCAGAACAUCAAUCUAUAAUUCAGUCUUCUCGGUGAAUCGCUUGAGACUCAUCAGGAACUAUACUCUUGAUCCUGCGGAUGACCUGAGCUCUAUAGUUGGAUUGAUGUGGAUACAGUAUGAGAGACUGUCGGUACGGGAGCAGGUCUUAUGUAGUCAAAGCUUCGCUAACAUUCGCCAAGCUGUAUCACUACAAGCCGCUGAUCCGGAAAGAUGGGAAAUGGCUGUCAUCGAUGACUCAACAAAAGUUCUGUGGCCCAAAACACCCACACCACCGGCCUGCCUUGGUAAUCGUAACAAGGGGUGGUGUUAUGAGGGUCCUCCAUCAAGAGAAGGAUGGCCGGUGGGCGGACAUACUAGAGAGCUUCGAAUCUACCGUAUACGCAUCGAUUUUGAUCGUGCCUCAACCUCCGUACAGCACUUGAAAAUUCUCCCUGAUUUCGGACCACCAGCGAGCGCCGAGAGGACUUCUGAAUCAAUGACCAAUGGUAUCACGAAUCAAGCACGGCUCACUUUCCUUGAACUCAUCCCAGCUGGCCCAGACUUCACGAGCAAAGAGCGUCCUCCGCCGCAAAUUCUCGCAGCUUUCUCCUUUCCUCGAAGAAACAAGACGCCCCGUCAACAAACCAGCUUCCGGCAAGUACUCAAUCUACAGGAAAAAAUCUCCAGUAGCUCAUCAGGUCUGCAGGUGGAGUAUUGUCUGAAGGGGAAAUCUGUCGUCGAAGUCUCAAAGGCUUUACUCUCAUUGCAACAUGUGAACAUAAGUACCAUUCUAGCUUUGUCUUACAGCGACGGACAUAUUGAGUUUCGAGAUAGCCAAUCAUUCGAAGUCCUCCCACCAGAUGGUGAGGAUCGGAUCUUUGGGCUUGGGCAGGUCGGCUUCGCGUUUCCCGCCACUAAAUCGUGUAUGCUUUAUCCCUUAUUGCUAGAAAAUGUAGUCGAUGCUAAUCUCUCGAACACAGGCUUGGUAUCGGUGCUGUCCCCAAACUCCUGUGCUUCAUUUUCAAUGGACGAGAAUCACUUCCCUGAAGUCUUGUUCAUGCAAUACAUUGAUCCAGGUAUUGGGCUCGAGGAUAAUGAGGCGACACUUGCCAUCAUAAACGAGGCGUUCGUCAUGCAGCUUUCAACCGCGUCUCGUAGUGUCUACGCUGAGGACAUUCUAGCAACGCUUCAACUUUUCAGCCUCGGAGAUCAACUGUCUAUGGGCGCGGGACCAUCAAUAACCAAUUUCACUGGAUUCAAUCGAGCUUUAGUAAGUGGCAUUUACCGUGGUCUCGGAGUCUCGCUCGAUGCUGCGCUCGGUCCGCAGCCCGACCAGUCUAUCAAGAACAUGUAUGUCCAGCGUUGUCUCAGUCUACAGGCUGCAUUAGGAUUCCAAGGUGUACAUGUCCUCCGUCCUGUGGAAGGACUUGUCGCUCUAGUGAUGUUGCACCUCAAGCACGUUGGUCUAGCGCUAUUAUAUGGUUGCAACCAGAAAACCAAUGGAGCUGGCAAUGAACUCAAGACGCCUGAAAUGGUCGCAUAUUUGGUUCCAAUGGCAAAGUGGUUUCUUUCUUUGAUAAGCUUCAUCACGGAUGAGAUCCUCUCUCUGCGUAAUGACUUUGAAGAUUGUGGGAUCCCUCCUAAUCAUAUAGAUGCUAACCUCAUAAAUCAAAAAGUCCAGCAAUCACAGUCACCAGCACUAUUGCUACUAUACCAAUCUACAUCAAGAGCUAUCUUGCAGUACUGCUUGCGAUAUGCACAAUUGCUUGCUACCGAAGGCGAGCAGCACGGUGUUUCCACAACGCUAGGCCGCUAUUUUCUCGAGUUCAAGCAAUCACGAAGGAAGUCCCCCGUUGAUCUGCAACACUUUGAAAUAAUUCUCGUCCAUGUGGAGACCAGCAUUAAGGCAUCUUAUCAGCAGUCAAACAUAAGUGAAUCGGACCGCAAAAAGGCAGAGGAGCAGAUGCUCAUAAAAGCUGAAAUACCAUCUGUGCUUGUUCCGUCCGUCUUGCAGCUGCUCUACCAAGUAAUGACUCCGCUGAGAGAAGAAAUUGACGAGGCAAAGCUGCAUUUCCUGGACACGAGUGACCUGGGUUUAACGAGCGACAACUACACUAGAGACCGCAACGCCAAGUCCCCAAUAGAUGUCUUGACCAAAGUUUGCCUCCCCAAGAACGCACAUAUCAGGCGAUGCAUCAGGUGCGGCUCUCUGAAUGAAGACCGUAUGAAAGCAGGAACGAAUGCUAGUACCAUUCAAACGGCAAUCAUAGCAAGAUUAGGUCCGUUUUGUUUUUGUGGGGGGCUUCUGAUGCUACUCGACAAUGACGACAAGCAGGCAUUGAGUUCUGGAAGGCUCUGA